CGUCUCCGUUGUUAUCGUAAAAAUAUCGUAAAAGACAUAACUUUAAACAUUACGAUAAUAAUGUCGUUAGAAUAAACGUUACGAUAAUAUUGAACUUUUUGAACAUGUAUCAGCUUUACGAUGAAGAGGAAUUUGAGCCAAGAGUUAUACCGAAACCUAUAACCAAACACGAUUGCUUUGCAGUGCCGACUGUGCCAGAAAUAUCUUUAAUCUUCGAAAAACCAACAGCGAGAAAUCCAAAGGAUAGGAAUACCGAUACUACCAAUUCAUUGCCAGCGAUAUCAGUAAAACCUAUACAAAUCUCUGACAAUACUGUGAAAGUUAGUAACCCUACAUCGCCAAUUUCACACAGUUCUGACUCUUACGCCACAUGGAAGGAACAGAAUUAUUCUAGAGAGACUAAUUCUACAAGCACAAUACAUAUUUCACCAUUAUACAAAAACACUUAUAGCUAUGAUUAUGCUGUGCCAUCAGGUUUACAAAAUGCUUCUAUACAAAAAAAGCUACAAGAGCAAACAAAAAUUAACGAUAAGCAAGAAAUGUUGCAAAAUGUUAAUAAAGAUGAAAGAAUAUAUGAGAAAAGCGUAAAAUUUAUAUGUUCUGAUAUAGGAGAUUCCUAUCAUCUCAAAAGUCAGAAUGAUUUAUUAUCUUCAGACAAGAAAGCCUCAUCUUCUGAUUCUUUACAAAGAGCAAUGCUGAACGUAACUGAUCAUACUAUGAGAACAUCUAAUACUAUUCCAAGUACAUUGAAAAAACCUGAAUAUUUUCAGAUUCCACACGCUGAAUGUCAGCAAUUUCAUGUACCUAACUACUCAAAUUACAAUAUAGACAAUAAUGAAACAGUAAAAACCUUAUUGCAGCUUGUAAAUAGUCAAAAUCAACAGAUAAAAAAUUUACAACUCCAGAUAGAUAGGCUAGUAAGAAUGCAGGAAGAAAAUUUCAGGAACAAAUCGACAUGCUUAUGUUCACAACCUCUUGCAAAUCAAGUAUUUAGAUAUCCAAUAAAUUGUUAUGAUCCAGCUCUUGCUUCUUCUCUUGUACAAUCUCAAAAUCAAAAUAUAAAGAAAAACGUAGCCUCACAGAAUACAUCUGUUAUAGAGAGGCAAGAUCUAGAAAACUUUAGUGAAAAUAAUAAGUUAGAAACAGCAUUGUUAGAACAACAAUCAAAAAAGGCUUUUAUGGAACAAAAGGUUUCGAUCGGUGUUAUGACAAGUUUUGAGUUUACUGUACAAAAUAGCCCUUUUCCAAUAGACUCUGAAAUAUGUGAGAAAACAGAAGCUCACAGAGAAAGUAACAGUAUUAAUAGGACAAAUACUAUAAAUAUACAUGAUACAACAGAGCCUGUUAAUAGAUAUAAGAAUACAUUUACACAUAAGCCUGGACCAGCGCAAUUGGAGAACAUAGUCGAGGAUUCUGAAAGUUAUUUAUCCUCUAGCCAACAGCAAAGUAGUAAUUUCAACGCGAGUUCUUCCGUAAAAGAAUCCUCAAAAUUACACCAACAUCUUUCUACUGAUUUAAAUCAAGAGGGAACGCACAAAGGAGCGUAUAUAGGAAAAAAUAGUAAUGUAUAUGAACGAGUGUCAAAUGCAAAGAAAACAUCAAAUACAUCUAUGAAUGUAGAUAGUAGUCCUAUUGGAAGAGAGAGUGCAAAUUGCAGUGAAGCGCUUGUCAAGCAAACAAACGAUUAUGUUACGAUAGAUGGGAAAAAGCGUGCCUACAAAACAAAUAUUAAUCAACAUUCCUUGCAUAACAUCCAUUUACCAGCAACAGAUUACUAUCACAACCAUAGAAAUAAAGAAUACGCGUGCAGUGCUAAUGUCAGACAAAUUAAAGAUAUAGGUGAUGAUAGCAUGAUUCUGAGUGGAGGUGAUCUUAAAAUACUGGAAAGACCUCCACCAACUCCAGAACCAAGUAUUCACGUUGAGAUGCAGGAGUAUGCGAGUGAUGAUGAGAGUGACAAGUUAAGGCAUACUUCGAAAAUAGGUUGGACUUUUUACAACAAUGUUUUGGGGCAAGUUAAUGAAAUUUUACAAAAUUCUGGUGUUAUAAGCGAUCAAGAUCUGAAUCACAUUAAAACAGCAUGUAAUGUUGAACAAGAAAAUGAUAGAGAAACUAGAUCAGCAUUGAACACUGUUAAAGCAGCCACUUUGGAACAACUUCGGAAACUUGGGAUCAGUCUAACUGAAAAUAAUGAGCACAGAGAAUCCAAUGGUAACAAGACGUUAGACUUUGAUUCAUCUUUUUAUCCCCGUUUGGAUCAUCAAGCAAAUAUGACGCAUGCCACUAGUGCUGUAAAUGAAACAAAUACAAGUAUGCAUAUGAAGGCGCUGGCAUUAAAAUAUUUAAGUGAUGAGCAACUGACAGAUAUAGCGUGGCAUAAACAAGAAUCAUCUUCAUUGAAACACCUCAUGCUCAGCAAUAUGCAAGGAACAAAUAUGUCGUUAGCUACAAUGCGUUAUUUAGAAAGAUAUCAACUUCUCCCAGGAAAGAAUAAUGUUCAAGCAGAGAAUACUGAUCAAACAUGUGACAAAGUCUCAUCUAAAUAUGAUUUUAAACUGGCGGCUACAAAUAAUAAUCCUGCCCUACGUCGAUUCCCUUUUGUACAAACAUCUGGAAUCACUUUACUGACAAAAUUUUGUUACGCUCGUUACGCUCGCAUAAUUAAUUUGUUUCAGGAAUCGUGCCGAAAUCAUUGUUUGCAACCUAUUGGCGAGUUUGAGCCUUAUCCAAGAACAAAUGAGAAAGCUGACGCAAAUGUUACUUUACACUGCAGAGGAAUGAACGCCUUAAUAAUUAAACAUCAUCCUCCUGGAAGCUAUAUUAUUCAACAAAGCGUUUCCGUCGACACUUGGGGUACAGCCAUAGUGAGCAAUGGCGGAUUGUCGACCUUUUCAAAUUUAACACCAGAUACACUUUAUCGUUAUCGUUUACACAGAAUAACACAGAGCGGCUUCUCAUUAGCCGAGACGUCAGAUUGGUUUUCAACUUACGCAGUUGAUUACCAACCAAACCAAGUUGAACACAUUUCAGUUGUAAAAAUUGAAAAAGAAAGUGAUAAUGUGUGCGAAUUACGAACUGAAAUUGUUUUUCAACCUGUUGAAGACCAGAGCUGUAACUAUAAUAUAUUAUCUUGGUCAGGGGAACAUGAUUUAGUCAAUUUUUAUUUAAAAAAGUCUUUAGAUUUUCGCUUUUCUCUUAGACGCUUACGAUACGAUCAGAAUAUUACUAUAUCGAUCCGAUCGAGUAACGAUGACUUUUCUAAAGCCAGUAAUGCAACAAUGUUUACUUUUAUCACACCAUCAUGUCUACAAAUUCAUCAUAAUUUAAGCAUCUGCGCACCUGAAAAGGUAAAAGGUUUGCAGAUGGAAUACAUUCGAAAGCAAAGUGAAGAAUUAUAUGACAUUGCAGUUAAUUGGAAUAAACCUUUUCUACAACCGGAUAAUUACACAUUACAAUUUAACUCGCUUCAAUUUGAAUCACGUUUACUAGUUGUACCUGGGGAUGCAGUCAAAGCUCUUUUCUCAAAUGUCGAUGUAAGACUGCGGUAUGAGAUCAAUAUUGUGGCAGAAUCAAUGGGUGGUGUAAGUUUACCAUCGAUUAUAUCCGGGAGUAUCGACGAAACUUCAGUUGCAGAGCUAUCUUAUCGCGAGAUUAUCGUAGCAUUAUCAACACUAGUGAUUGUUAUCGGGGUAUUUGGAAUAAUUUAUAUGCAACAUCGUAACAAGAGAGAAAAAAAGAGAGAUAAGCGAACUAAUAUGAAAUAUAUACAUUUUGAGGGUUCUAUGGAUUCCCUAAAGAAACUUUUAAAUCGGGAUUAUGCGGUAGAGAAUAGCGACACUCUUUUGCCUCAUGAUAAAUUUCAACUUGCUCCACAACGGCUAAAACUUAAAGGUAUAUUAGGUAGUGGAGCAUACGGUAUCGUUAGACUUGCUUCGUUGCAAGAUGAAUUUGGCGCUAUCGUAGAUGUAGCUGUUAAAAUGAUGAAAGAUAAUCCAACAGUAGACGAUAUAAAAAAUUUUUAUCGAGAGAUUUCAAUGAUGAAGUCCGCUGGUCAACAUCCAAACAUAGUGUCUUUAAUUGGAUAUUGUACUUUGUAUAAUAAACCUUUAUUAGUAGUGGAAUAUUGUAGCAAAGGUGAUUUACGAACAUAUUUAAGAACGAUUUGGCAGAAUAUAGUAAACGCCGUAUUCGAAUGUAGUACUCACUUAGAAUCUAAUAUGUCUUUUGCCAAUAAGAACACAGAUCAAGAAAAAUGUGUCUGCGACUAUCAAAAUACGCAUACGAUCGCCAAUCGCUUAUAUGAUAUUCAACGAGAUGUAACUAGAUAUGUAGAAAAUGUUACUUCUGCCGAUUUAUUGAAUUUUGCUAGACAAGUAGCUACAGGAAUGGAAUUUUUAUCUUCUAAUCGGAUAGUACAUCGUGAUUUGGCUGCUCGUAAUGUAUUAGUGCGACCAGACAGAGUGGUGAAAAUUUCAGAUUUUGGUCUCAGCCGGGAUAUUUACCAAGAGAAUGUUUAUCGAAAGAAAGGAAAUGGUAAAUUGCCUUUAAAAUGGAUGGCAAUCGAGGCUUUAACGCAUCAAAUAUAUACUACUUACAGUGACGUAUGGGCUUUUGGUAUUUUAUUGUGGGAAAUUGUUACUUUAGGUGCCAUGCCUUAUCCUGAUACUCCCACAAGUAAAAUUUUACAAUUCCUCAAAUCCGGAUAUCGAAUGGAGAGACCACCAAAUUGUAGUCGAGAAUUGUACAGCAUAAUGUAUUCAUGUUGGAAUAUAAGACCACAAAGUAGACCUACUUUUACCGAAUUAAAACAAAGCUUAGAUAAAUUGCUUAGCAAUUAUUCAAAAAAUAAAUAUUUGAAUUUGUGCGAUGUUCUGUAUGAAUCAGCUGAUGAAAGUAAUGAGCCAAGAUCGAUUAAUGCAUAGCAUUAAUGUAUAGCACACUUAAAAUGUAUAGCAUAGCUAUAUUAACUAUAGCUCAUUAAACUGAAUUUUAAUAUGACAAUUUUAACAAUUUUUACUAUGACCAAAAUCAUUUAUUUC